AUGGAAAUGGGUGAGCUGACGUUUGAAGAAGUUUUAGAAACAAAUCGUGUAGAAAUUGUCCAACGUCUCCAGCUAGAUCGGACAUUUCUGUUUGAUUACCUGAGAAGCAAAAAUGUUUUCGACUUCGGAGACUGCGAUCUAGUCCAAGCAGAAAAGACUCGAGAGCAGAAGGCCGCCAAGUUCCUCGACGUUCUUACAACAAAAGGAGAAGAAGGCUAUUACCAUUUCGUCGACGCUCUUCAACUGUUGAACCCGUCCUUGUACGAAAAGAUCACAGGAGAGAAAGCAACUGCACGUAAGUUUUGAUACUGGACUAUCAUGAGUAAUUGCGCGAUCGACGCGACAUUUGCAACGAUAUUAAUAAAUGUAUAACUUAGAUCACUGGGAGAGCAUGGGAUUUCAAAACCCGUCAAGACAUAAACUUCCAUUUUCAAGAAAAAUCGUGGCUUAGGUUUCGAACUUUCAGUCACGUAUAAACUCGCUUUCGGGAAGUAUGGUUUUCAACAAGCUUGAAGAGAGUAUCAGAUUUAUCGUGCGCUAUGUUUACUACUGAACGUCACUAACUAAGGUGACGAGGGAAUCUUUCAGUUCUUUUUGCUAAUUCCUAGGAAUCGUCAACAUCAUCGCCUUUCAACGCAAAAUAUGUUACAUUUUGGCAUAAUACAAUAAAGUAAUAUGAUUUUUGAAGCCAAUGUAGCCAUUUGUGAGACUGCCAGAAAGCAUUCGAUAAAACGCGAUCGUCAUUCAUUGCAACGUACGUGAAGCGUGAAUUCCUCUACAUGUCACGCGAUCUACCAAAAAAUGACAAGAUACUAAUAUUUUUGCUGUGACUCGACCAUUUAAAGAGCAUUUUGCCAUUUAAUGUGUGUUUGGGUAGAUUACUUGUUUGUUUUAGCGUGUCUGCUGCCAUUAUAUCCAGGCCAAAAUUUGUUAAACGAUUACUGCUGAAUAUUUCAUGAACUGCGUAAUGUUCUUUAAAUAAACCCCGAAAUUUCAGCACAGUGCUAAUCUGAUAAGACAUAUAGCAUGUGGUAGUAGUAGUUGUUAGUUCUACAUCAACGUUUAUUAAUCAGCAGAAGCUAUGUACCGUAAUCACGCUAAUAUUACAUCAGGAAGUAAAAAAUGAUGCAAAAUUUUAAGAAAAAUACAAUAAGAAAUAUUAAAAAUGCAAAAGAAUAACAGGUAUAAAUUGACAAUAAAUAACAAUACUGAAGGUGGGUCACCUCCUCCUAAGCUCCUUGUAGGUAAUCACUUUAAAAUAUCUAAAGAUUUGGCAGACACAAUAUCAGAGGGGAGGCUAUUCCAUUCUCUCUUUGUUCUAGGAAAAUAAUAGCCUGUUUCAGGCUCUCAGCUAGGAAAACAAGAGUAUUUGAAUAUAUCAUUACUUGUAUGUUCAACAAAUUAUUUAAAAUCAUGGGUUCCACAAGACGGAGUUUCUGUUGCUGGUAUUAAGUAUUUAGUGUUGUUAACAUGAAUGAUAUCACUUAAAAUUUUAUAAAUUGUUAAAUUUGUCCAGUUUUUUGCCAGAAAUGUGAUUUAAAUACCUGCGGAUUAAAUAGUUAGGUCUCCCAAAUCAUCAAUUUAGAAUUAAUGCACAUUAUCUUGCCUUUCCUGCACCAUAAUGUAUUGUUUUAAAAUCAACACUUCAAAAUCUUUUUCCCUUAGGGAUACCCCAGGGAUAUGACACCUUUGCCUAUAGGAUUCCAGGAGAGGAGGGGGGGAAUGGCAGGGGGGAUUUGACUCCAUCAUGCAUAAGGGGUGGGGUCCUUGGACCCCAGCUUCAAGUCCACGAGAUGUGUCUUGGUGCUUGAACAAGGCAUGGUAAAUUAUGGUGGGGGCCAGCAUGGCAUCUUUGGAUGAUUUACAAAGGAAAGAUUUGCACCCUCAUGGUAGAAGGUUGUCUAUUGAAACCAACCGCUUCAAUUGCAUUAGAAAGCUACAUGUUUAAAAGAGCAAUCACUUUUAUAUUUGCCCAGCAGGGUGGGUGGGGGCAUUUGAUCACCAAAACUGGACCUUUGAUGGGGUAUUUGAAUGUCAUUUUGGCCUGGGGAGGGGGAAAUUUGAACUUUAAUUUUCUGAAAAAUUCAAAUGCCCUAGUGGUUGCCCAUGUCAUGGAUUUAAUUAAUUUAUAACACAACAAUGAAGCAUUAAGUCUUGCUCAUCAUAUAAAUCUGUAAAUUCUCAUUGCAUAUUUUUUCUCUAAACAACUUGUUUUCAGUAGUUACAUUUGAACACAGCUUCUAGGGAUCUAUAGAAAUCUUUCAGAAAAUACCUUUUUUUUUUCUUGAUUUCCACCUAAAUUUAGCAAGAUUUUUCCAAAUUAAUUCAAACUUCAAAUUCUACUGACAAUAUCUCAGAUCAUUACAAAUAUUUUAGAUAUGGUCCUUCAAAGGAAACAUUUGAAACCUAAUUUGUUUAUAAUUGACAUGAUCUAUGACUAGAAAAGAACAUAUUCAUUAAAAAGUGUAACUAAUUUAAGUGUUAAACAAAAAUACUUUGAGGUAUAUUGUGUGUACAUGUGUCUGUGAGUAAAAAAUAGAUCGCCUUAAUUUAAUCUUACUAUAUUGAGCUAUUUGAUGCUAAUAAAAAACACAGCAAAGUUAAAGACAGUAUGUCACUAUUUAAAGUGCGUAAAAGAUAACACUCCCUGCAUAGUUAGGAAGAAGGCUAAUAUUCAAACUUUAUUUAUGUCCCAAAUUCUGGAAAUACCUUAAGCACACUGGAGUACUAAUAGCCCAUUUUUACAUGUUAGUGACUUCCAGCUCAUUGGAUAUGAUUUUUGUGAACUUAACUUUAUCUUUACUCUAACUGAACAAAUUUCCAUUCUCCAAAUUAAAAUGUCAUAAAUUAAUCAAUAUUAGCUCCUAAAGAAAGGUUAAGGCAAUUCAUUCAUUUGUAUAAUUGUUUUUAUUAGAAGUCUACAAAUUUUACUUACUUUCGACACUUUCACUUGGACGUCUGUUGUUCCUGUUCCUUUAAAAAGAUCAGGUUUCAAUGCAGAGCUUUCACUUUCAAUAUAAUUUAUAACCUAAGGAUUAGAGGAUUUUAGUUUGUAAUUUUACUGGCAAACAAAGGCGCUCACUGGCUUUUGAAAAUGAAAUCAAAAUUCUUGAUAUUUUCAGGACAUGCCCACAGGUAGCUAGUACCACUAAUCUAAGAAGGCCAAGCCUCAACAGAUCAAAUUUACAGAUGCAUAGUAUUAAGUAAAAUAAUAGAGAUGAUUAUUUAAAUAAUAUUAUCUUGUCAGGAGACAGUUUGUAUUUGAUUUAGACCCACUGGGAGUCUCAAGUUUUGAAAAUGUAGGUCUCAAAAUCUUGUAAAACUCUGAAGUACCCAUUGAAGUUUUCAAUAGUUAUUUCUUUUUUAAGCAACUUCUCUAACCAUGCAACACACAUCUGUCAAGUUUAUAUCCCAGCAAAUCACAGCAAGCAUGUUUCCAAAACAGCCCAGUUAAAUUAAAAGAAACUUGCAAAGAAAAGUAAAAGACUGCUCACAGUCUAAUCCAUUUGAAGAUUUUAGUUAGUUCUUUAACUCUGUAGGCUCUGUAGGAACUUUUGUUUGGUAACUUCUCAAUUCUUAAAGUUUCAUUUUAGCGCUCAAUAUCUCUCAUUAAAAGCUAGGUUUCAGAUUUGUUAGAAGAAGAAAAGACUCAGAAUCCAAUUUUAAGAUCUCUCAAAGCCUUGGUUACCAUUCUAUACCCCAAGCCUUUCAGUUCCUUCCCUUAUCCUUACAGUUCCAGUUCCAGUAUACUCCUCCUCCCGUUAUUUGUAACUCCCAGUGGUUCGACCCGGAGAACGAGUUUAAUUAAGCCAUACACAUUUUGAGGAGUGGACUGAAAGUACAUGUAGCUAAUUACAUAGCACAUAUUGGCUAAGUGACUAUUAACAAUAAUUAUUAAAAUACUAUUAUAAUCAUUUAUACUAUUACAAUAUCCAACAAAGGAGUAGCUAUAGUUAGAUGGGAAUUUCUGAUCACAGGAGGGGGGGGGAACUCUGAGCAGGGGCAGGAGGAAUCUUAAGUUGUAAUAAUCCCCAAAAAACAUAACAUAUAUAGUUCUAGCUCAAGAUUAAGGUAAUUUUUGUGGGUGAAUCACUUUUGGUUCUUAACAAUUCUUUCUAAAAUUGCUCUUUCAGGGCCAAGUCCACUUGUGAUGGGUACUGGAGAGAACUUCUUUUUCGGUAAGACAGUGACAUCAUUCACGUUAUUCAUUUUUUCAUGGUAAAUCAAACGUGUCUUAGUUUAUAUAGUUCAAGCAUAUAACAUGAACGUGUUCAGGGCUGUCAAGAUUAUAAGUUGCCAGGUAAAUACAAGUAGGUGGGGACUGAAACAUUUAAGGAUUUCUUUUGGAAUUAUUUCUUCUAUUUUCCUUGGAAAGUAUAUUAUGUAGUCAACGUAUACAUAGUAGCUGGGGUAAAUACCCAGUCCCCAUCCCUUAAUGAAAACCCUGACUUGUUAGUAAGUAGCUUCAUAACUGUUCAGUGUUAACUCAAGUCAAACCUCCACUGACAGAAACCUCAGUCUGUCAGUAAACACCUCCUGUAUGUGGAUCUACACUUAGUCAUUACAGUAAAUAUAUGUGACACAAUACUUAAGGCCAUACUACCUCUGAUGAAAAGUUAUCAGCUGGUAAGCAGAUAACUUCAAAAGAUAGGUGAGUUAGGUAGUGCACCUGAGCCUACGAUAUGGUCUAUACCUGCCAAGUGUCACGCCUAAGGCGUGAUUGUCACGCCUGUGGAUCGAAAACUUGGAUCUUACGCCUACUCACGCCUGUGUUACAAUUUGUCACGACUGGUGGAAAAGUUUGAGCCAUUACAGCAUUAACUGACACAUUUUGAAAAAUAUAUUAGUUAUUUAAAGAAACCAGAAGCAAAGAGAGAAAAGAAAAGUCUAUGUGGAUGAUCGACUUUCUGCGAAUUCUCUUUUUUUAGUAGGGAAGUCAAUGUUCCUUUGUGUUCCCGUGUUCGUGUUAGACGGAACUCUUCGUAACGUCUUCGGAACUCUUCGGAACGUCUUCGGACAUUUUCAGAUUUUAUCAGACCCUUCGAAAAAUCUUGGGACUCUUAAGAUAAAAAAUGUCACGCCUAUAAAUGUAAAAAAAUUGGCAGGUAUAUAUGGUCAUUUGAUUCAAGUCAGCAGAUGUUCCAUUUUGACAGCUGCAAUUGACUUAUAUCCGAAUUGCAUAUUUCAUUGUUUUAACAACAAUAGCAUUGCAUUCUCAUUUCAGUAUCACCAUUCAGUUACUAUGAGGGCUCUAGCUACAAGCAUCCUGAAGCUUUAGCUUGUUUAAGUAAUUUUCUAAAGACUAUGCAUAAAUAUCUUUAAUCUUCCUCCAACAUGGCCCAAAUUGUAAGCAAGUUAUUUAUUUCAGUCACAAGUUAGGUAGUCUAUUUAUAAAAUGAAGAGAUACCUGAAAAAUAUGUUAACUCCUAGAUUCUCCUUGGCUGCGAAAUUUCUGAUAUCUGCUAGUAAAACAAAGGGAUAAUUGGGGUUACUUGUUAUUCAAUUUGCUCUGCCAGCAAAAUAAUGAGUCAAUAUUUUUUCUGUGGAAAAAUGUCCACUUUCGAUUCUUCACUGAAGGGUGAGACUAGCUGACGAGCUAAUGAAUGAAAAAAAAAAACGUUUCCAAGCUAAACAACUGAUGUUUUCUUACCGGAACGAGCCGGAUAGUUGUAUCGAUCCAUCAUGUAACGUCUCCAGGAUGCUUCGACAAGUAUUUUUUUCAUAAGAAAUGAGUUCAUACAAUUUCAGCGAAGAUACUCCCUGAAACAGCAGUUUCUUGGAAGUUCAUCUCGUACCCAGAGUUCUCAGGGGUCGCCACUAGCCGCUGACCAAAAGGAAUGAGAUAGUUGCUAUGGGUACAAGUUUCCCUCAAGUGAAUGUCCAUGUUGCGAAUCUAUAUAAAGAAAAAUGUAUCUGAUACAUACCAGUUAAUCGGUCAUAGGUUAAAAUUAUACUGAAAAUAACACUCUUUUGGCAAUAACUGACUUUAUCUGGUCAAGUGGGCAAUAGCCGACGAGAGUAAAGCACAUAGUGUUCCUAUUGGUUAUUACUUUACUCACCCUUUUAUCAUGCUGUUAAAUGAAAAAUGAUUGGAUGUCAACGAAAACUACUUCGCACGCAAGAUAUAACACGUCAAUUUACACGCUUCUAUAACUUGUUUUUACAAAAGAAGAAUUACUAUUCGUGUUGAGACGGAAAACGACUGAUUCAGUACCCUGUGAGAGGAGGCUACAUUUUCGGUGUGUGAGCUAGUGCACGACAGCUCAUACUGAUUCAGCAAAAGAAUUUCAGAACGACAACUGUAUUGGCAAGGCAGGCAUUGCGCGAACAGGGUUGCAUAGUACAAGAUUAUUGUAUUAAAAAAGUUUUCUUACCAGAAUACUAUAUAGCUGAUAUAGAUCCAAAGGAAAUUUCUCUCCCUUCUGUUUUAUGACUUUGUUGCUACUGAAUUAAGUUAAGCAGAUAGUUUUAAAAAGCGAAAAAUAUAGUUUGACAGCCAAAAUUUACAACAUUGUCAUUUUUUCCCUUUCAACUUUGUUUUAGUAGGGAAUGAGCGCGUGCAAUUUCUGAUAAUUGCUUCCGCUUUCGAUGUUCAAUAGGGUCAAAAACCUUUCGGACAAUAGAUUUCCUGUUUAAGUGAUACAAAGUAUCAAACGAAUUGUUCAACUUUAUUGGACUGAAGUUUAUGGUCAGUCUAAUAUCGUUAGUCGGUAAACUAAAAGAGACAUCCAGGCCGGUUAAAGUGUUUUCUUUAGAACUAAACAGUCCAUGCAUUUUUGCACGUUUAUAACCGAGGUAGGUUGUCAAUAAGCUUAGCUGUCAUCAUCAACUUCACAUUUAUAGGCAUGACAAUUAAAAGUAUCAAGAAUGUUUUUCCCUUUUCAACGUACUGUUUGACAAUUUUUUCAUCAACGCUACAGUUUCAUUGCUUUCAGGUGAGCCGUUUUUUAACUAACCGUAAUAACGCGAGGCAACCGCCGUAGUUUGUUGCGCAUGCUCUGCAGAAGCGUCUCUAAACCUGCACUCAGUUCUUCUCAGCUUUGUUCAUUACUAUCUCAUAACAUGUUUUAUAAUCUUUUCGGUCUUUUCUCUUUCCUUUUUUAAGUGAUACAAGUAAAGUUUCCAAGAUUGCCGAAAUUAAUGCAAGGAGAUUGUUUAAAAUGAAGCUAGAGAUUGAAACAAAAUGUACUUGGGAAAAAAUCCCAGGCCACUUUAACCAACUUGAUACAUUUUAGGUUCAUUGCUAGAGUAACAACGAUGGAGGUUUCUGAAUGAACCUAAAACGUUGAGCUAAAACUAGAUUUGCGGUUCGCCAAGCGAUUAAUCUAUUUUAAAAUUUGACAUUAUUUUGUAGUUUGUGCGUGAUCUUGACCGUCUUGAGGCGGAGGGCGAUAUUUGGGAGUCGCAUGUGUUUUCAGCUCGUCGUGCGAACCCCUUAAACUCUAAUAUCAAAAAUUAAGGUCUUAUACCUCCCCCCCCAUACAUUUCCGAUAGAAGUAUCAAUUUAAUUCAUCUUGCGAGAUCAUAUCCUUAAUUUUCAUUACCAUUCUGUUCUAUGAACCAUUGACAUUACACAAGGAGAAAUUUGCUGCUUAUCACUCUUAUGGCUUAGAGGGUCAAAAAACAUAAAAAUGAAAGCUAGGUAUUAGAGUGCUUAAACUUUUGCGGGAAAAAUAGGGUAAAUUGUUACAAAUCGUAAACAGGAUGUUGUGAGAAGGCGGAAGAUAUUUCAGUGUCAUUCAUCUUGGUAUUUUGAAAGCUUUUGGAUUCCUUAACGCUAGUCACAAACCAUUAGUUUCUUGCUGCUUCUGUGAUUAAUUGUUUUAUUCAAAGUUGAAUUACCUUCACACCCCAGCAUAUGUUCAUUGGAAACUUUUGGGGGCUUUUUGGGCCAUAUUGACUUACUUACACCCUUAUCAUAUUUUGGGAAAAGGUCAGUGGGUUUCUCCCAGCCGUGUUCGAAUACGUACAUCCGGUUGACGGGCCAUAGCUUGUUCCUGUUUCAGUGAAUAGAAGAAAAGUGAUUAUUUUGACUGCGACACUGAACACACUGAUUUCUUAUUGAUCAAAAGGUUUCUUUUUUGCUGUUUGGCAGGACCGAAUGGAUAUAUUCCUGAUUUGGACAUUAUGAGCAAUCACUUAAAACGCACUAUGGCGGACCUUCAAGAUAUGACCAUUCGUUACGAAGAGGUGUUAAAACAAAAGGAGCAGAUGGAGAAGAAAUUAAGCAGAACAUCUUGCGAUCUACUGGAGAAAAAUAGGCUGAUUGAUGAAUUAGAGAGGCGUUAUUUUGACACCGAGGCUAUGCUCAUGGAGUCUCACUCCAGCGCUAAGAAAGUUGUGGAAGGCGCGGCACAACAUUGCCAACUCCAGGAUCGAGAAAUGCUGGAGAGGACGCACUUUAUAAUCGCUCUUCAAAUGAAGCUUCUGACCACUAAAGAGGAAGUUGACACUCUGAGGGAAAAGCUGGAAGAGAGCAACAAAGAAAGAGAAGACCUUCGGAAUCGAUUUGCGCAGAUUUCCAAGAACUACGACAAUCAGAGGCGGGAAUCCAUUAAGCUGACGGAGAAACUGGAAAUUCAAAAAGACAACAUCCAACGCGCUGAAGAAAUUAAGGUGAAAUAUCGCCAGCUUCAGUUCACCAAUCAAAAACUUCAAGAGGAAAAAGAAGAAGCUCUGAAGGAACUUGAAGACCUGAAGCACUGGACGGAGGCACUGAAGGCUCGUUAUGAUAUCGUGGAAGAGGAUAGAAAGCAGACGCAGGAAACUCAUGAGAGUACAGUUGCCGACUUUUCUGAGCUCCGAGACAAAGCGGACGAACUGGAACUCAGGCUAACCAUAUCCGUUCGCGAAAAAGAGGAGCUGAGAAAGCGCUGCAAAGACUAUGAACAGACAGCUAACACUUAUCGAGAGCAGCGAGACUUGUUCGAGAAAACCUGGAAAGAAACUUCAUUGGAAAGGGAGCAAUUUAGGAAGGAGAGAGACGACUUAACGACACGAUUUGCAGAAGUAAUUCAGAGCCGAGAUGAAGCCAUCGACCGACAGAUGGAAUAUACUAGACAGUUUGAACAGAAGUUGAAGAAAACCACUGAAGAGCUGGAUGAAGUGAAGGAACGCCUUUACCAAACUGAAAUUGAGAUGGAAGAGUCCAGGAAAGUCAAGCUUCAAAGAAACCCAUCGGAUCUUGUUGACCAUCCCUAUAAUACUGCAAAGGUAAGUGAAGCAUCUGUUUUUAUUACUUAAUCAUUGACUGAGCACUGUUGAAUAGUGUUUCCAUCAUUGCCUCUGUGCAUCUUCAAAUGAAGUGUUGAUUGGUUUUCUCGUGUCCAUAUUUUUGUCAAAACCUUGCCAUAAUGUUUGGUAGGCCAAAUGUUUCGAACAGGUUACCUAUUUCAAUCCUUGCCGUCUAGCUAGAGAGCCGAACGCCAUUGUUUAACAUUUCAUGAUCACCACCCAGGAAGGUCUCUCCUAAUUGGUUGCAGGAAACAAUGACAUGUCAUUUUUUCCAAUUAUUUUAGUAUUGUUUGGGGUCAGGGAAACGAGCCAUUGGUGACUUGUCUUCCAAGCAACUGCUACAUGACCCGAGUCAAUAAUGAAGCCAAAAGGUGCUUCAAACUUUUGAGUCUGCGGUUACCGUUAAUGUUCAGGUUUUUUUAGCAUUUUACAAAAUGAAAUUUGGAAAUUUUUGCGUCUCUUAAGUUUCACUUUCAAGGAGAUGCUAACAGACAUUGGUACGGAUCGACAACAUUCACUGAAUUUUAUACGGGUUCUUAACUCUACAGUCACGUGAAAACAUUGAAAAUUUCCGUGUUGAAAGAGUGACAGGUUUGGGUACACACCUCGCUUUGACCCGGCCGCUGUCGGCAACCGGAUCGAUCGACAGAUGUCUUUUUAUUGACUUUCCUUAAUCGGAAUCGUCAUUAGAACAAAUCUUAUCAACCACUAGCAAAAACAAACCUUAUGUCAGAAUGCCUGAUUUCUUCGAUUCGUAUGGGAAUGUUUUUAGUAUUGGUGCAGGAUUUUCCUGUUCAACGAACUAAGACAUGCAUAUAAUUAGACAGAAUCAAGAAUUUCCUUAAUGGGCGAGUAUUUCUUAACUUUAAAUUUCUUCAUUUUACAUGUCUGUUAGUGAUGUGUUGGCUUGACCGUUGGAAUUUUCUCUUUGGUCUUUUUUUUUGUGGGAGAAAAAGGGACCUGCUUGGAUCCUGGCUCAGUUAACAGUCCCUGUUUUAUAUUUUUGACAGAAACAUGGCAAAAAUCUACACUUAGACUCCGAGAAAGCGCUGGAAGCAAAACUAGAUGGGAGCGUGGAAGAUGACGAUGGAGACAGUAUACACAGCAGUGAGGAGUCCUUUGAUUGGAGGACACGGCGAACAACCACUGAUAUUAUAGACAGCGUCAAAAAACGUGUCGCUACCAGCAACUCUCAGGCGAGUAGAGGGGGUGGAGAUUCUGUUGAGGAGGCUUCAUCCCCACCUGCUCAGAAUGAAAAAGGUUUGUCAUUGGAUGAACAGCUGGAUUCGAUGAUUCCAGAGAGGAGGAGUCUUUCGCCGGCAGCCCAAAAGUCCUUCAGUCUUAAUCGUAACAGGAGUCUAUUUAAAAGCUGUCCGACUUAUAAUACGCUGGAGUGUAUGUUUGGUGCUUCUGUGUGCAACACAACUCCUUUUUACACGGACAGCAGCAGUUCUCUUUAUGCCUCCUUUCGCUCCACUCAAAGUGAUAAAACUGGGCAGCAGCGAAGACAGUCUGAUCAUUCAGCAAAAUCCCUCAGCGUGGAAUCUGGAGUGCAGGAGCUUAUGGUCAACAACGUUUCUAAAGCCAAUGGAAAGCCAAAGUCUCCCAAAAGGGGUCGAAAAAAGCAAGAUAAAAGUCCAUCACGACCUCGUUACUUCAAAAGUGUCUCUUCUCCUUCGAAGAUCAUAGACUUUGUGCAGCGAAAAAAGUCAUCGGGGAGCUCGGUAAGUUCUUAUGAAGAAAAUUCAGUUCGUUCAUCAGCAGUGCAGUCAGACAGAUGCCGCGAGGAGACCAGUUCUUCAAGUGACGAAAGCGGCUUAGCGAGACGCCAUCCAAGCUUUAAAGAGGCCUCGAACAACCCGUCAUACAAUAAGAUUUCAAAAAGUCAAUGUACAUCAAUUACUUUGUCUCUCGAUGGAGUGCAAAAUGGAGGCGAAAGAGUGCUAACACCGGACGAAGAGGAAGUAGCUAAUGCGCUAAUGUCGCCAACUCUCAAUAGGCCUUUCCGAGAAAGAUCCAGUGCUUUGAGCGCAGAUGAACGACCUCGUAGCUCCUCAGCACCAAACUGCCAGCAUUUUGAUUUCCAGCAGACCGACACGAAAACAUCUACUUCUGAUUAACUGGAUAAAAUCCCAAACAGUAGAACUGUCUUGUGAGGGUGUAUGUAUGGUGGGGGAGGACUGGGGGACAGGAACCCAAGAGAAUAGGGGCUAGAGGUGUACAGGAGGGGGGAGAGAAAAAAGUGGGAAGGGGAGUCCUCAAAGGGUGGUAGAAGGGAGAAAAGGAGGGAAAUUACGCCACAAUACUUAAUUUUUCGCUAUCGAAAAAGGCCUUAAAGGAAAAACCCAGGAAAAAAUGGGCGGGAGCUUUGCAUAAUCCCCCGUCCCCGCCCCCAUAUAUAACAUUCUUUAGGUAUGGGUCUCUCGAUUCUAGGGCAUAUAAUUUUCCAAGUCAUUGAAAGGGCGUUUGGAGGAGUGGUAAUUUGAAUUUGGCCAAUUGUAACAAAAGUUACACCCUCACUCUACAGGUCGUUUAGCGUUACCUGCUAGUCUCUUCGUCAUCAUUCAUAAUUCAUUAUCUUUUAGCAUUCGUUCUUAUACACAACAAAACUUCCAGUAGUUACACUAAACGAAAGGUGCAAAUAUCACAACUUGGCCACGAUACAGUUAUUUUAAAAAAGAAAAUGACGAAACCUUGAGAGAAAGUGUUUAUACACUCACAUAAAUAUACAGUAACAUUAGACCCGUUAAUUAACAGAUUUUUCCUGUAAGUCGAAUUCUGUACAAACUAAUUAAAGAGUGGGGUUUUCGAAAUCGUACCUCAAAAAGAUCCUUGACUUGCCUUUAACUUCCAAGUCAAACUGACUUAAGAUGACAUUUGACUGACCAGUCAUAUCCGAGAAAAAGCUUGCAGUAAUAUUUGACCAAGUUUGGAUAUUUUGUGAAGGGUUCCACCCGCUGGACUUAUCAUCCAGGCCCUGGUUGUUCAAACAUUGGAUAGCGCUAUCCACCGGAUAAAAAUCUUGGUUUGGUUUCCCUAAUACUUAUCCGCUGGAUAGUGAUUUAUCCGGUGGANACUUGGCCACGAUACAGUUAUUUUAAAAAAGAAAAUGACGAAACCUUGAGAGAAAGUGUUUAUACACUCACAUAAAUAUACAGUAACAUUAGACCCGUUAAUUAACAGAUUUUUCCUGUAAGUCGAAUUCUCUACAAACUAAUUAAAGAGUGGGGUUUUCGAAAUCGUACCUCAAAAAGAUCCUUGACUUGCCUUUAACUUCCAAGUCAAACUGACUUAAGAUGACAUUUGACUAACCAGUCAUAUCCGAGAAAAAGCUUGCAGUAAUAUUUGACCAAGUUUGGAUAUUUUGUGAAGGGUUCCACCCGCUGGACUUAUCAUCCAGGCCCUGGUUGUUCAAACAUUGGAUAGCGCUAUCCACCGGAUAAAAAUCUUGGUUUGGUUUCCCUAAUACUUAUCCGCUGGAUAGUGAUUUAUCCGGUGGAUAAUGCUAUCCAACCGGGGCUAGGAAUCUAUCACUUAGCUACAAUAUAAUCUAGAACGUGUUUAAAUCGACACAUACUAAGUUAUAGUGUAUUAGUGACACAAAAUCAGAAAAAUGGGCGCAUAGUGAAUAUAAGAUUUGCGUGUACUAUUAUUAGUAACUACGCCGAAAGGAACUUAUUAGAAAUCAUGGACAUGGUCAGGGUUAGGUGUCCUUGGUCAUGGUUAGCUAUCGCAAAGCAAUGAACGCCAAAAUGAGUGAUUUUUAGAGUUUAUUUCUUUUAUCCUUUUUCGGAAUGCGGUCGUCGAACACGCCCUUAGCAUUUUUUUUUUCAGUAAUACUGCUAACUAUACACUGUACACGGUCAUUUGAACGUUUGCCUCAGUGGCCCUGAUAUUAGAUAUUAGAAGUUAAGGAGUUAGUAUAUUUAUUAUAUCCAUUUUGAAAUCACUGGUGAUCCCAGCGACCUGAUUGGCUCUCAGCAGUGUGAUUUAUUCACGAAUCACACUAUUUUUUUUGCAUUAAAUCACAUUGGUUGUAACUCGCGUCAUUCAUGUCCUAACUCGCGCCAUUUCUGCUCUAAAUCGCACCAUUUUCGCUCUAUAUCGCAUCAUUUCUGUUUCAAGGACACAAUGAGAUGUAAAAGCCUUUUUGUCUCCGCUUUUCGACAAUCGUGCUGAUGGAUCAAUAAAAGAUUGGUACUGUCUGAAUUCUGCGAUUUCAAAAUGGCUGUAAUAAAGUGGUAAUUGAACUUCGUGUAGUGAAAUUUUGGUCUGAGAUCAUACUUGUGAUUUCAAAUCGAACUUUGAAAUCACGCGUAUGAUUUCAGACCAAACUGCAUUCCACUCAGCUCAAUCACCAUUAUAUAUUUACCUCUAGCUUCCAUAAUCAUUUAAACGAACUUACUAAAUGUCUUUCAGAACUAAAAUAAUGAGAAUAAAGACUAAGCUAAUAAGUUGCUUUGAAUAAAAUGUAGCAAUUUUUUUUAUAAAUAAUUGGUGGGCGGGGAGGGGGGCGCGGGGCUCAGGGCCAGGGCCCCACCUUAAUUUGGUUCCCACUUGGGGCCUGGGAAUGGGCACAAAAAAAAAGAAGUCAAACCGGGUACGCAGGGCUAAGAAAGCUUCGGAAGGAAAAAAGAAUGAGGGACCGAAUAAGUCCAUAUGUAGAACAACCCAUUCUAGGUGAAACGCCCUGGAGACUAGCUUGUUUGCAAACGCUUAAAUUUCAUCCGGGCCACAAGAAAAUUAAGGAGUUUUAAUGUCUAUCCAUUUCAUUUGUAGACAGCAUCCCCUUCCUUCUGCCUCAUUGUGACCGUGUUUUACCUUAAAAUUUGGAUUUGUUUGGGCAAUUAACGUCAUAAAACUCUAAGAGUUCAGCCAAAAAAGGAUGACGGCUCUUAAAUUUUUUUGACAACUAGAAGUACUUGUGGAUAUUACAACAGGAGAGAUGAGUAUUGCCCAGUUUUUACGCGCAAGGUAUCUAUCCAUUUUAUUAAGGAGAUAAAAUUUUUCAAGAUUCACGAGUGCUAAAAGAGCCGAAAUUAAUUGUUUUCUGACUUCAGUCUCUUUGAAGGCAAUGAAAGCGGAGAAGACUCGGCAAAUGUCACCUUCACCACAGAGUAAAACUCCAGAAUUAAGGCCAUGUCAGUCAAGUUGGAUUAGAGUUUCAAUACUUGAGAGAGUUCUAAAAUGAUCUAGUUGCUGACGACUAUUAUUAUACAUAUAUUUUUGAAGCAAACGUCUUCAGAGCGCGCGAUGUAAUCAUUAAAUUUAAGUUUGAGAAUGUUGUUUUUGAAAUCACUGGCGAUCAUCAACCUCGUCCCCGUGGCGCGGCUUUUCCCUAACCUCCAAAGCCAGGAAAAAGCCCCCUGGGAACGAGAUUGUGGUGAUUAUGUCAAUCUGAUUGGCUCUCAGGAAUGUGAUUUAUUCACGAAACACAUUUUAGCCCCAAAUCACAAAUGUUCUAAAUAGGAUCAUCAGUUCAGUUUUGUUUACGAAAUGAGAUGUAAAAGCGUUUCCUAUUCCACAUUUAACAAACCAGCAACUGGAUCAAUAAAAUAUUGGAAUAUUGGUGUUGACUGAAUUUGGCGAUUUCAAAAUAGCUGUAAUAAAAUGGUAAUUGAACUUCGCGUGUCGUGUUUCGUGUCUGCGCUGCGCCCGAUUUUAAAAUCAUGUUUAUUAUUUCAGACCAAACUGCACUCCACUCAGUUGAAAUACAAUUAUAAAACAAUUAGUUCAUGCUUCAGCUAAGCGUAGACUGCGUACGUUGACUGUGAAGCACCUUGGAUAGUUUGGAGAGCCCUCCUCUUUUGUGCUCUCAGAACGUCUCUCUUAAAUAUCUCAUUUGUUAGAGGAAGUCUUAGCUUCCUGGUGUAAGUCGACUGCCCAAGGGGGGGAGGGGGCUUUACUAUAAAAUUUUAAUGCGGGGAGGCUCCUUCCCGAUGUCCAAUCCCUUUUAUAUACCGUAUUUGACAGAAAAGGCACCCCUUCUGAAAACCUUCUAUUGACAAUGAUACCCCUUUUACAUACUUUAAUUUAGAACUUUACAACACUUUUAACUGCUGUAAGUGCACCGUCUUACAAAUAUGAGUAAAUCACAAAACCGGAACGUUUUCGUGACUUUUCACAGCCAAAAAAGCAUCUGUUAGCCCUCUUUGUUAUUUUUACGUCCAAAAUGACAGAUUUCUCUACCUUUUAUAUACUUCAACUCGUGAAAUCUCUACCCUUUCAGAUACCUGAGGCCUGAAAAAGAUUCCCCUUUCGGGCGGAGCCUUCCCCUAUAGGCCGAAAUAGGAAGUACCCCUGGCGUCGACUCCCGAUGAAUAAAACCCUCACUAACUCUAACCUCACGCCAACCAAAAUCAAUUAUCCAUGGAUUUCCCUCAUAUAUUUAAUGUAGUUUUGCACUAGAUAACUCGAGCACUCGAAAACUGAAAUCUUUCGCUUUUGUUUUCCUUCAGACCAUUUUUAUAUAAUUUUUACCAUCGACUACUCGAACCUUCUUUUAAGCGUGCAGUGUGACAAGUCGAAAAAAAAAAUUAAUGAAUAUAAUCGUGUACUACAAUCCAAAACAAUGAAUUUAUUUUAAAGCCACCGUGAAUUCUUUGUUUUUUCUUUUUUGUCAGUCCAGUUCAAAUACGGAGUCUAGCCAUGUAUAUUAAUCAAGCAUUGCUUGAUUCCUGUUUUCUUAACUGAAUAUCAAUAUAUCUUUUGUUGCCCUUCAAGUGAAGUGUUCAUGAUACUAGCACUCCUUCCCCACCACAUUUGCUUAUUUCCGCCUGUUUACUUGCUUCGAACUCUCUGUAACUCGAACUUUUUUAUUACGUUUCCCCAGAAUGGGUUCGAGUUCAUCGAGAGUCGUCUGCAUAACAGUCCUCGUACCAUUCCAAAUUUUAUAACCGCUCCGUACGAAAAUGACCUAACUUCCGUAAUUUCGAUACCUCAUUCAUUGAGUUAAGACCUUCUUUUCACAAUGAAUUUAUCAUCGUUCAAAAAUACAAUGAUUGGGCAAUCUCAAGGAACGAAAGUUCCAUUGCAGACGAUAAACAGGAGAACCAGGGUCAGUACAAUAUCCGUUCAGCGAUCUAAGAUGGUUUCAGUUUCUUAGUCGCUGAUUAUAGUCCAUUAAGCACACCAGUUUAAUUAUUUUUCACUUUUUCAGAGAGACAAACGCGUUUGUAAAGAUUUCGUCAUGAGUCUGGACGAACUUGACGAGAGCUUCACUGAUAUUUUGACGAAACAUCGUUUGCUUAUUGUUCAAAACCUUCAGGUGGAUCGUACGUUUUUAUUUGAUUACCUAAUAAGCAAGAAAACAUUCGAUAAAACGGACUAUGAGCUGAUUCAAGCUGAGAAAACCAGCGAGUCCAAGGCAGGAAGAUUUCUGGAUAUCUUGGCGAUGAAAGGAGAGAGUGCUUUCUGUCAUUUUCUUGACGUGUUACAAGUGGUAAAUCCGAACUUAUAUGAAAUGAUGACAGGAGAAAGUGCGACGAAGAGUAAGUUCUGUUACUUUGUGAUUGCUCUUAAAAUACUGAACUAUGUCCGGCCAAAACCCGGAAUUUUACUUUUUUAACAUCUAUGUGAUUGCUAAUACUGUUGAAUAUAAAACGUAGAACGUAUUCGUUUGCGAUGCGGUUAUCGUGUUGAGUUUUUUUAGUUAUAUUUCCAAAAUAAUAGUUAUGAAUCAGUCUAGAUCCUAUAUCAAAUAUCGGUUUUGCCUUCAGUGUGGGGGUUUUAACUUGUUAAUGUUUCAAUCUCCUCUGUCUAUGCGGCCGAUGGACUAUUACAUUCAUGCACCAAUAGCAAUUGGGCGGAGAAUUUGGAGUCCUUACCUAUCUCUCGGUCUCCUAUUGUAACGGUUGUAAGUAAUUCCGAACGAAAUUGCACGAAGCAUGCAAAUUUUAGCGUCAAAUACUGGUGCCGCAUGUCUAACAAGAAGCUUUUACUCAUUGAAAAGCAUAAUGGUGCUUCAUGGACUGAUUAGGAAAGACACGAACUAACUGUUAACAUUUUUCUCAGGAAUUUAGCGCUUUCUGAGCGAAACAAGCACGAUACGUACUCAUACCAUUUCGGGCACAAUUCGAAUUUUGCGAAAAUUCAUUUAAACUGACAGAGAGUUCGCUUGUUACGAUUCUAACCACUAUCACCGCCUAUUCUAAGUACUACUGCUGCUACACUCGAACCCCUCAUUUGCGACCACCUCUUUAAGCGACUUAAAGAGGUAAGGACCACCUCUCUUCAGAAUACCAAAUAUUUCCCCACCACAAGCCCUAUGGUAGUUGGAAAACUUUGUAUGCGACUUCCACCACGUUUUGGAUCGCAUAGCUUAUUUUUCCAUGUCUUUGACCUCUCGUAAGCGAUGAGUUAACACAAGGCCAGAUCCUAAAGUUUGCUGUAUGUACAACGCUUAUCACGGUAUAAACUGAAGAGACGUCUAGCCAAGUUCGCUCCCAGGUUCCAGGAGAUGCGUAGUAGAGGACCCUGGGAACGAUAUUGAGGGGACUUCUACUGACAACAAGGCACUGCUUUAUUAAUGAAAGCAAUGACUUCUGUCAAAUAGUAGACAUGUAAGUUCGUUCCUAGAUGAAACCAGAAACACAUAUAGCCACCGAAAGCUACUGAACGUAUCGUGUGAUCUGCCAUAUGCCAAAAGCAUUUACAGAAGCGUCAUACUGAUUUACAAUAUGACGCGACUUUGUUCAUUUCCUUCGAAAGUAUUCUUUAAAAAUUGUACACGAUUUUUUCAGUAGGUCGGUAAAGACUAGACGGCAAGACAGUCCGUUUUUUGCAUAGGUCAUGAUUUUACCAGCGCGCGCGAGCGAUCAAAUAAGAGUCCUCGAGUGAGGGUGAAAACGGAGUGAGACUGGGGAGAGUAGUACUAAAAACCUUUUUCUCUAGCCCCAGUGACAUGUCCCUCGCGCCGCUAAAAAAAUAAAUAAAUAAAUAAAAUAACCCCGUUAUUUUGAAGUCUAGGUAAAGUCAAUAUAGGUGUUAUUUAGGUGUAUCUUAGUAGUUAACUCAUUUUAUGUUCCUCAGGAGUCAACCCCAUAUUUUCGGAGAUAAAAAGUCAAAUCACUUUUGGUGAGUCACAAAUUACUCUUUUUUAGUUGACCUUAAACUAUAGAGACAGCGUAAUUAAGGAGGCGUCUUCUUAGUAACCUUGUUCGAUAGAACUGAAACAGUUAAUUUAUAGAUCUACUAUUAUUUAAAGCUGUUUUAAAUGAUAACAGAUUAAUUAAUUAGCCGUUUCAGUCCUAUUACACUUUGGAGCACGCCCUUCGAAUUCCAAACUCAUCGAAACUCAGAUACUAUAGCAUUAGUAACGCGAUCCGACGUCUCGAUGAUACUACAAUCAUUAUGACCAAUGAUCAUAUUAACAACUUAAGGCGGAUGAGAUCAGUAUGCACUUUCAUUCAUUGAGGGAGGACAGGGGCGUCCAAACCUCUCGCCUCUUUUUUCCUGGCUUCCUCUCUUUAGCUCUUUUAAAGUUCGAAAUAUUAAGCACUGUUACAUAAUUGUACCCCUAUUCCCCCCUUUUUCCACUCUUUUAGAACUCCCACCUUCCACCCAUCCCUCUGCCGCCUCCUGAACCCAUCCCGCCCUCUAUUUUCCCGGUCUCCCGAACCCCCAUGCUCCUCCAUUUUACACCCAAACCACAAAGAAACAGUCACGGAUAACAUUAACACUUACUUCUCACUUAGGGCAAAAUGAUGACUUAGGGGAGGGGUAGGUGGGCAGUUUCCCCGAAACCUAAAUUGAUCCACAGUCACUUUUCCUUUAUACUAGGUAAGGAGUCGGCUCCUGAUGAGGUGGUAUCAUCGACAUGUUGCACAGUCGCUUUAAUAUUCCUACCGUAAAUUACGUAUUUUCUACUUAGGUCAUUAGAGUAUUAGGUAACCUAUAUCGAUAGAUAUCGUACACAUUAAGAUAGACAAAGAUAAACUCACUUCGUUUAACAUCUAGUGGGCUUCUUUUGUCCCUGUGAAAACUGAAUUCCAGUUAAGCAGUCAAGAUCAAGUUAAUCCUAGAAACAUCUUCUAAACAGCGUUUGCCCAAGCUUUUUCCCGUAUUAUUUGCCGUAACAAAGUUCCUCGUGCUGUUGUUAGCAUUGUUGUUGUUACCAAUUUUCCUUAAGGUGGAGGUUCGAGCUUUCUCGAUGUGGAAAUCUUGAGUAACUUUGUCAAAAGACAGUCCGAAGAAUUACAAGACCUUGCCUUCAGGCUCGAUCAAGUACUAAAAGAAAACAACGAACUAAGGCGCAGGUUAGACGAUAGCCUGUCAGAGCAGGGAAGAAAGCAAAAGAAAAUCGAGGCACUCGAAAAACAAGUCUCCGACACGCAAGAAGCCUUGGCAAGCGAGGCCCGGUCCAGUGCUAGCAAAGACGGCGAGAAUUUGUUGCAGAGAUUUGAAGUGAUUCAACGCGAAGGUCGAACAAACCAGUUUAUUAUACAGCUUCAGAUGAGGCUGCUUACAGCGCACGAAGAAAAUGAAACACUUAGAAAGCAGCUGGAAGAUGCCAGAGCUUCAAACACGUUUAAGAAAAGAGAAACAACUAAGCUGUCACAGCAAUUGAAGUCUCAAUCAGCAGAAUUGAAGAGCUACGAGGGACUGAAGCAAAAACUGAGGGAAGUGCAAUUUGAAAAUGGCAAGUUACGGUGCGAGCUGCAAGAGAAAGAGGAUGAAGUUCUGGAAUUAACCAAAGUGAAGCAUUGGACUGAAGCUCUGACAGCGCGAUACGAUCUUAUUGUGGCGGAGAAAGAAAAAGCCCUGAAAAAUCAAGAAGUCAUUGAGAGCAAGUGUACUUCCCAACAAGAUGACAUCUCCGAUUUAAUGAUGAAGUUAAACCUCAAGGAAAAGGACAUAGAAGAACUGCAACGCUCAAAUAAAGAAGCAGAAGAUAAUUCAAGAAUUUACAGGGAAGCGCGGGACUUUUAUUGUAAGGCUAUAACGGAAACCGCGUUGGAACUUGAAGAGGUGCGAAAGGAAAAAGAAGAUGCCGCCCACCGAUACAACAAAAUGCUAGAAUCCAAGGAAUCCAGCAUUUGCCAACAGGCGGAAUAUUUGCGACAGUUCGAAAAGAAGUACGAGGAAACCAAAGAAGAACUUAGAGCUGUCAAAUUGAGUUUGGCCCAGGAAAGGAAAGACAACGAAGAAUUAAGAAAGCGAAUUUCAAAUUUGGAGCUAGAGUUGAAGCAAAAGGUAAAUACAUACAAAAUGAGUCUAUGACUUUAAAAGACUAAUACUAAAAAGAAUGCCCCCAUGGUUAUGGUACAGAUAGUACGAUAAAGGGAUGAAAUUUUACCUCUUUAUGAAUUCCCUCUGAUACUUAUGUCUAUUGUGACGUGUUCAAAGAGAAGCUUAAUAACGUGACAGCUCAAACAAGACCUUCAAGCUAAGGAAUCCUAUUAUUACAAAGUAUUGUAAUUGGCGCCAAAUUUUUUCGAAGUAACAAUUCCCUCUUGGCCAGAUAAAUCAGUAUUUAAUAAAAACUUAGAGUACCCACGAUCUAAAGAUGAAUAUUUACUUACGUGGAGUUACAAAGGAAAGAUACCUUGCUUAAUACGAAUUGACUUUAAAAGUUAAAACGGCAAUCUAAGGCUUUUACUAGAAUUUUAUAACCUAGGUUUUGAGGUUUUGAACAACGUAAAUUACUUCCACUGGAACAGUACUUAAUUGACUUGAAAAUGCAAAAUUACUUUCUUUUCGCUGGUGUUUCCUAGUAAUCCAUACAUGCUUUGCGAAGCUUCGAGUUGUUAUCAUUUUAAUUACGAGUUGCUAAGGCAACAACCGCCUGUUCCAGAAAACAUCCUUGAACAGAUCAGGUCACUAAUUAGAUAAAUAGUUUGAAGCAGGGUUUGAAGGUUCUGUUGAUAACGUGCUUUAAAGGCCUUUUUACCAUGGAAUCAUUUCAUUACCGCUUCCAUAACCUCGUCUCCAAGCUUUUUCUCUUAGAAAAUGGGCGGGAGGGCGUGAAAAGCCCUGGGGCCAAGGUUGCGGCUUCUAGAAGUCACUUGGUCUUCAGUUUUUCUUUUAAAAUAAGCAUAAUUGACUCCAACAAAGUUUAAAGAGUAGCAACCCUAAUUUUUGCAAGCAAAAUAGAAAACUGAAGGAAUCUGGUAGCAGUUGAAAUCAAGUGGCCCAUCGUGAAAAUAACCUAUUUCAAAUCAUAACAAGUGUGCGUUUUGUAGGAACCAAUUUCCCAACCUUAUUUGGAAGACAAAGAUGACGAGGACGAGAGUCCAACCCAAGACUCUUGCGAUGGGAGUGAAAAAGGAGAAACUGAUCAUGAUGUUGGGUCGUUCAUCGACUGGAAGAACAUUAAAGAGCGACCAAAUAAAGAUAUUGUAGGCAGCAUAAUACGGCGCAUAGAGGAACCUUACCAGCAAACGAAAGUGACCCAAGAGAAAGCUAUCUCGAAAAGUAUUAGCCUUGAUGAGCGCUUGGCCUCAAUUCUUCCCGAAUUUGACAGCCUGCCCCCUGACACAAAAAAGGGCUUGAGUAUUGAUCGCAACAGAAUGAAACAGAGCCUGUCGUACGAGUUGCUAGCCACAAUGGUUCCUCGAGUGACAGCCGUUGGAGCAUCAUCAUUCCCAGAGGCUCUCAGCGCUGCGAUCAGUAGAUCACAUGACAGUAACUACGAAAUAGGACUGUCACGAAAUCAUUUUCCUGGCAGGCGGAUCGGAUUUCGCAAAAUGUCGGAUCCUGUAGGUGUUGAGUAUUUUUCACUACAGCUUCAAAAUCCAAAUGUGCCAGAGAGAGACCAAGAGAAGAAGGAAGCCGAAGGUACUUUAAAAUAUAAAGAGAAGUCGUUACGUCACGUUGCUAUGUUACCAAGGUAGAAAAAUUUCCGGAUUCAUAGUCCUGCAAAUAUGACAGAAAAAAAAUGCCAUGUAUGACUCUUUUGUGCAUGAUUGCACUCAGGAACAUGGCCCAUAGUUUUCCGGAAAUUGAGAUCCAGAAAUUUUGCUACUAUGGGAAUAUGACGUCUCACUUCUCCUCUCUUUUACAAACCAUACGGUGAAAUAAAAAGGGACGUAAACUGGGUUAAAAAUGUUACAAUAUCCAAUCUUCUGCUUUGCAAAACUGAGAAUACGUUUUUCGCCAAGGUUUGUGAAUCCCGAUGGCGGGAUGGCGCGUACUGAGUAAUAUUGACCGUAAAAGAGCCAAUCAGAGUGCUUCAUUCCGUCUUGAGAAUAGCUGGCCAUAUCAUAAUUAUAUCAAUCAUAUUUCGCGUUUAUCAUUUUUCUUCUACAUUUUGCAUCAGCUUUAUUUUAUUUUCAUUUUACUUUUCUUUGUUUUCUUUAUCAAAUGGACUUUUUUGAGUCGAAGGGACACUUAGCCUGGAUGCUAGAGGUCUUCUCGCUUUCGCCUUCUCGCGAGAGACUUAAAGAGCCAAGUGCUGAAUUGCUAGUCGCCCCUUCGCGGCUUUGCCGCAGAAUUCUGUCGUCCCUAAAAGAGAAAAAAAACCCUCUGGCACCCAAGGAAAGGGACACGGGGAUUUGAAGAAAAUUUAUGCUGAGAAGGGGGAUUGUAGGUCCUUCAACCCCCCCCCCCCCCCCCCCCCCCCCCCCCCCCCCCCCCCCCCCCCCCCCCCCCUCUCAACCACCCUUUUUUUUGGUGUCCUCCCAAACCCCACAAAGAUAAAAAAAUUUUUAUUUUUUUAUAACACAAAAAGAGAACGUGGGGGGUGGGGGCGAGCACUUUUAACAAAAAAAAAAAAAAGGGGGCGCAGGGAUCCCAUCCCGUCCCACCGGCACACGCCUACACCCUCUGGGGGUUUGCGCCGAAAAUUUGGCCUCCCCAAAAAAAAAAAAAACACCCCGGGCCCCCAAAAAAAGGGAGCCGGGGAUUUUUAUAAAAUUUUUGGUGGGAAGGGGGAUUUUUGGUCCCCUCCCCCCCCCCCCCCCCCGCCUCCCCCUUCCCCUAUCCCAGUCCCUCCCCUCCAGUUCAGUAACCUCUGAUCUAGGUGUCGUACUCCAAGACCCAGAAGUGAUAAUAUAUUUCGUAUGUUCUCAUACACAAAGGUGAUCUGGCGGGUGAUGAGAUCGAGACUUUUGAAGACAAGAAAGAGGAAGGGCAGCACGGAUUCCGCUCACGUACACAGGCAAUCCGCUUACGAACUGGCGAGAGACGUCGCCGCCGUACAGAGCCAGCGUUGUUUACUCAGGGAAACGAAUAUUUGCCUAGUCCCUAG